UGACACAUUUCAUUUUGAUAUCUUUUUCACGACAAAUGUGCGAUAUUGCCUUCUGAUUUUUGCCUCGUAAUUUGUUAUUUUGAUGGAACCAUCAUUUAAAUUAUAAAGGUGUUUUUUUGUAACGUUUCCUCGACGAGGUAAAGAAAAUAAAGUUCGAAGAGAAAGUUAAGUUUUGUUCUAAUUCUUUUCUUAGUUAUCUUUGUUGCUGCUGGGAAUAAAAGUGACUAAAUUUUUUAAAUAAGUCGUCAGUGGGAAGAGCAACAUUUUAUUACCUAUUUGGAGAUGCAACUGCUCUGCAAGGGGAGCUCCAAGUCUACUCUGGUAGGAUGGAAACAACAGGAUUGAUACAUGAAAUACAUAAUGAUGAUAUUGCUGAUGAAGUUCAAGCUCUCAGUGCCAUCUUAUGUGCAGAUCAGGAAUUCCAGGUGCAAUCUAUCAAUGAAAAAGAAAUAGUGUUAGUGAUCCACCCACAUCAGAUCAAGAAUCAUUUAAUAACUCUCACUGUCAUUUUGGACAUGAAAAGCUACCCCGUUUCUAGUCCACAGUUGUCGGUCCAGAGUCCCAGAUUGAGUCGGGCAGCAUUGGAUAUCAUUGAUACACUAAUCAAGGAAGAGGCCUACAAGUUACGGGGACAGGUGACUAUUUUGUCUUUAAUUGAAUGGUUGGUCAGAUACUGUAACCUUUACGAAGAGAAAACUAUACCAGCAACGGAGUCUUUGACAGGAGAAGCCGAAUACGAAUAUACAACUAUAGCUCAUCUUCAUCACAUCCGUAGCAAAACAAUUUAUGUUAAAACAUUGAGUCAAUGGUUUCGUGAGCUCGAUCUCCACGGAGUCUUGAUCUCCUAUCGAAGAUGGAUAUUCCUCAUGAUUUCGGGAAACAAAAAUAAUCUCCAGGUAUUGUACGUUGCAAAGACAAGUUUGAUCGAUCAGCUAAUACGUUAUCCAUGGAGUCAGUUGUAUCUAAAACGACACAGGACACAGAACGUUGACAUAGACUCCGUUGGAAGGCCAUGUAAAGAGCGUAUGCUGACUGUUCUAGGUCAAGUCGAAGGACGGCUCGAUGCAGCCAGCGUACUGGACGAAGUAGUACUCGAUGAUUCCAGUGAAGACUGGCUGAAAUAUUGGAGUAGUAGGCCAUCAUUAGCGAGUAUCUAUCAGAAAUUUAUUCAGCCACAAACUGGACAGAAGAAAUGAUGAAAGUAAUCACAACACACACCAGCAGGGCAGCAACAAGAGACGUUCAAGUAAUCCGGAAAGAUGAAUGAACAUUAAAAAAAGAAAAAAAAGGACACGCACAAUGUAACAUCUGUUCAAUUCACAUUUUUCCUACUCCGGCGAGAUCACACUCGUCUUUUGCGUUUUCAUCGUUAUGAUACAAAUUGUGUUUUAAUAUACAGUUGUUUUCACGAUAGGAAA